CUCUGGACGUCAUAAGUGAACGGCCCCUUAACAAUCAAAGAAUUCAAUUAAUGAAGCAUUUAGUCAGCUAUAAACUUAGUUCCCAACAUAGAACAGCCAAAAAGUAACAAAAUAAUUCGAAUAUCAAUCAAAGUCAACAAAAUCCGUAAAAGAAUUCCAACAAUUUGUUAUUUUUAGAAAAAAAAAAUCUACUUCUAAUUCAAAUAUUUUGAUCAUCUUUGGUCAAUACGCAUAAGCAUCUUCGUUUUAUUUAAGACCUUUCACUUUUUUCAGAAGAUUCUAUUUACUGGCGACGCAAUUUAUCAAAAAAUAUAUUUACAUUUAAUGUGAAGGAAUUUUAGAACAAAAAUCUUCAAGAAUUUAUUAGAAAUUUAUCAAGAACUUCUGAAGGACAGGAUUAAAGAAGAUCAAAAAAUAAGCUUAAAUAUGGAAAAUCCCGAUGUUUUUGUUUUACAAAUAACAAACAACAAAAUAACUCAUAAAUAAAGAAAUAGUCAUCGAUGGAAGUAAACAGACAAAAGGACAAAAGAAAACAAAACGAAUAAUUUGCAAGAAUUCUGAACUCAGCUUUAGAACAACAAGUUAAAAAUAGAUAGAUCACAACCGACAAUGUAGAAAACAUGAAUUGUCAACAAUUGCAAAUAAUGUAUUGUCACGGAAACAAAGAAACUUUAAUCAGCCACGUAAUAAUUCAUUCACAAUUGACUGGAAUGAAUAUUGAUUUUGCAUUCACUUUUAACUUUCAAGCACAAUGCCGAAAGCUUUGCAUUAGUUCAAUUAGAAUAGUCAACGAAAGUGGACGAGAAAGUUGUUCUUUUAGACUAGAAAGUUGGAAAUUGUUUACUUAAAAAUGACGCUUAGUGUCGUUAUAGCACUUACAAUAGUGACAGGAAGCUACUGGCUAGUCACAAAUGCACAAACUGAUAAGUCAUAUUCAUUUGAUGACAUGGGAAAUGGAACGAUAACGUGUGAAAUUAAUGGUGAAAAGUUUUACGGCGACGAAUGUUUAGACUCAUUGAAAAAGUUUGGAAAAAUUGUUGGAUAUAUCGUGUGUGGUGUUUUGAUUAUCAUCGUAAUCUGUUGCUGUGGUUGUUGGUGUUGCAUAUGUAAAGUUAUACAUUCAAAUAAGCAUCGGGCUGGCGUGGUGUUUCAACGCAAUCCUGCACCACCUCCAAAUGCUGUCAUUUCAACUGUUGCGUAAAUUAAAAUAGGAAGUAAUUUUUAUUUGGGGAAGGGGAGCUAAAGGUUGAAAUUUUGAUGAUUAGGAUAUGGAAUGUCUCAUCAAAUUGGUGCUUAUUUGGACGAAACUUAUAGUUUCUUAUUUUUAAGAAUUGAAUUUUUUGAUUUUACUAAGUUCUCUGAUUCAAUAAGCUAGGUUUUCACAUCCUUAUAUGAUAAUUAAUUUUUAGGAACUGAUUAAAAACUAAUUUAGCUAUAAUAAAUUUGUCAACGUACAAAAACCAAACUGUGAUGACUAAAAUUGAUAAUUUUUUUUAAAUUUUGCAAUAAAUCUUAGCAUUUUAAACAGAGCAUGAAGUCGAUUUCAUUUUUUUCGAGUCAACUUUUUCAAACAAAAAAAAAUCUCUCGGUUUUGAGUUGAGUUGAGUCAACUCAAGUUGACUCGAACCCUAUCAACUUCAAGCUCUGAUUUUAAACUUAAUAUACUCUUAUAACAUAAACUCCUCCUUGUGAUUCACAUGUCUAUUUAAAAAUGCAUUCACACAAUCAAUUACUUCUAAUUGCAAUGUUUUAAUGAAAUUUCAUAUGUUUAAUGGAAAAUAACUAUAGCUAAGUAUAAUAUGAAAGGAAAUUGUGAUAUAAAUAUGAACGUGUUUUACAUGAAAAUAAAAUGAAAAUUUACUUUCGCU